AUGAGCACCGACCCGGAGACACCCGACGGUGCUGACGAGCUCGACCACCAAGAUGACGAUCAGCUCGAGAGCGAUGGCGAUGAGGACGGUCUUAAUGACACCAGCAUGCACGAUCAAGACGAGGAUGAAGGUGAACCCGAUGGCAAACGCCCCCAUGGCAGACAAUAUACUGUGGUUGAGGACGAACCUCCCGACUACAGCGUCUUCAGCAAUCCCCCCAAUCUUGCCGAUAUUCGCCAGCGACUCUUCAAUCUGGAAGACCCGGUCCAACUGUCCACAGCAGAGUGGCAUACGUACUUCCCAUUCGUGGACAACGUCUGGCGCAAGAUGAGGACAACAGAAUCGCAGCCGGAAGACCAUACCAUCACGGUGGACUAUUAUGCCUGCAGACUGCGUCGUGCCAGUACAAAGUCAUACACACCUCGCCCAACACCGGAGGGCAAACAACAGAGGAAGAAACGGACUCGCGAGGAGAAGACAUGUGCCAUGACGAUGAAGGUCGUCUUCCAUCCGGGCGACACUUGUACCGUUUCUCGUGCUACCGAUGGGGUGGUCAAACAUUCCCAUGACCUGGACUACAUUGACGGGACAAAAAGAAACACCGGUAUCAUGGACACCGCUCGCCGUGAGGCGGCUAAAGCGUAUAUGCCAGCGUCGAUUUACUGGAAGAUGUGGGAGGAGCCGGAGAAAAUGCACGCCGCGGGGGGGAAGUUUAUGAAGAUGUCUGACGUUCGGAACGUGCAAUAUGCCUGGCGACAGGGAAAUCAUCGAACAGGCCUCAAAGCACACAAGGGCUUCACGUUGCAACGUGCGCGUCGAGAGCCGCCUGCACCACCCCCUCCACCACCCCCUCAGUUCCAGCCUCCAGCGCAGGCUGGCGUCUUUGGUCGAUUGGAACCAGUCAAACCAGAUGCUCGGAGUGAACCGGCCGUUCGUUGGGACACUCUACAGUAUCCACAUCAUGCCAGGGGCUUUCUGGAGUCCUAUGUGCCUGAUCCGAAGCUGGCAAAUGUGCGAACCCGACCCCAUGUCACCCUUACCUGGGCGAGUAGUUUGGACAGCCGGAUCAGCCAAGUUCCAGGCGUUCCCACUGCCAUCUCUGGUCCCGAGACGAAGGCUAUGACACAUUAUCUACGAAGUCGACAUGACGCCAUUCUGAUUGGUGUCGCCACAGCCAUAGCAGAUGAUCCUGCCCUCAAUUGCCGACUCGCAAAUUCUACCGGCUAUGGUGGACUCGCUUGGGAAUUUCAGCCUCGACCGAUCAUUAUCGAUCCUCAUGCACGGUUACGAAUUAAUCCGGAGAUGAAGGUGCUGAAAACAGCGUCGGAGGGUCGUGGCAAGGCGCCUUGGGUCGUGGUCGCGCCAGGUGCAAUGCUGCAUCCUAUGGCUGUGAGCACACUGAAAGCCCAUGGUGGAGAAUAUCUCAUGAUCAAUGACUAUAUCCCUGCACAAGGUGGACUGAGUUGGGAGGGUAUUUUCAAUGUCUUGUUCCGUGAGGGCAUCAAGAGCAUCAUGGUGGAAGGAGGUGGAAUUGUUCUCUCUGAGCUACUGAGGAUGCAUCGCUCCCAUCUGAUCGAUUCAGUCAUUCUCACUAUUGCACCGACCUUUUUCGGGAAAGCGGGUGUCAUGGUGUCCCCGGAGCCGGCCUUCGAUCAAGGGGGACGACCUAUCGCGACGAGGCUACGAAAUGUGAGAUGGCAACCCAUGGGAGAAGCAGAUGUAGUUAUGUGUGGUCGUAUGAACUUUGACCAUGCUCGGCCUCCCAAUGGUAUGCUACAGGGCAUCGAAGAGUACUCACGGGCAGCUCCCGCUCUACCGAAUGGUCCACAGGGGAGUCCUCCUUCGACCUCGCAAUACCCUCAUCAACCCCUUCCACAGCAACCACCCUCGCAACAGCAACAACCAUCACCUUCACCUUCACAACAGCAAGAACCGCAACCACCGCUACCAUCACAGCACCGACCACCCGCGUCCCCACAACCACCUGCAGUACAGAUCCAAGGCCAGAAUUCCACGGACGCUUCCGCACCUCCGGCGCCUCCCAUGCCGCGACCUCCUGCACCCCAAUCUGCACCACCGCCUCCUCCAGCUUCUGCUAGUGCCGAUCCUAAAUCGCCGCAUUGA